AUGGUGGGCAAGUGUGCGUUAUGGCGAGGGUAUAAAGAACCAUGAAUGGUCGUACUCCGAUUCACUCUUGUCGCAACAGUCGAAUAGAUCGGAAGCAAAGUGCCGCAGUGAAGCGCUGGUGAAAGAGAGGAAAAAAUCAAGUAAAUAAGAGAUAAAGUGAUUGAGUGGUGAAUUGACUAAUCACACCCGCCUAGAAGUGAGUGGAUUUGACUGAAGAGACACCGAGGAAGAUCGUUAGAGCCCUAAAAUUGCCGAGGAAAGGAAAAAGUGUGAAGGAGCGCAGAAUUGGUGCACAUAGGACAAGUACAUAAGUCCAUCGUGCUGUGGUAAUUUUCCACUGUAGUGCGGUUGUAAACGUACGGAGAGGAACUCCUUCAAUUGGGGUCACACAGCACAGAAAAAACAUUGACUACACUCAUCCUCGUGUGUGAAUUCUGGAACUUUCCAUUCAACCGUCAAAAAUUUGUUGAGGGCAAGAAUAUCUUGUGCGUUUUGUGACAAAAUAUUGAUUUUUGCGUGAGAAAAAAUUGUCACGGAUUCUCUUCGAGACCAUCGAACAGACACAACGACAUCCACAGAGCGAUUGAAGGCCAGAAGAAUACCCCUGCAGAGAUUUUCGAGGGAUAGGUCACGGAAUCUGGACAAAGAUGGCUUUUAUGGUGCCUGUGAUGAAGAAUGAAUUCAACAUCUACAAGACGGACCGCAAUAGACGGAUAAGUGAGUGCUCGAACAGCUCCAGUUGCCGAUCGCGGAAGGUGUCGGAGAGCUCGAGGUCUGAGGGGCCCAGUUUGUCCACGUCUCCCGCCAGUGACUUUUGCAUGGGCUCACCGAGUCAGCGCAACUACUCCAUGAAUCGCAACACAUCGCGCGGCUUCUCCAGGAAUUCCUCGAGGACGUCCCAGAACUCCCUGAUGAGCCCCACGAAAACCACGAGCGUGGGCUGCAGUCCGCCCAAGCCCUCGAGCUCGGGCAGCCAGGGGAGCCUCAACAAAUUCCACAACCGUCUCGUGGACAAGCUGAAGAAGACCCUAAGGCGCGACGGUAGCCGAGAGGAGAGUCGCUCUUGAGACAACUCGCUGGACAAUGCCGGAGGAUCAGCGUGCGCGGAGCCACCCGUCACGCCAGAUAAUGCAACGCCCAAGAAGGGUGCAGUGCAGAAACUCGGCAGGCACGACACGAGGUAAAAUCUUAGGCCUCUUUCAGUGUCCAGAUCAACAAUAUUCUAAUCAUCAAUACUUUUGCAUACUAUAAGAUCACUUCUUAGACUUAAAACUGUAGUGUUAUGUGCUAAAAACGCAAGAUUGCGACCUAAACCGCUCUGUAUUGACAUUAUCAGUAGAAUCGCUAAUUGGCUGCAUUAUUACGCAAAUGAAUGCGCUGUUUUAUAUUUGUUUCAACUCAACAGCGUAUUCGCCAGGAAGUGUGAUACUCGACUUCCUGGGCUACAAAUAAGGAUUCAAAUUCAAAUUGACCUGUUCUCAACUCUUUCUCUCUUUGACUUAGUGUUUAGUUUAAGUGUAAGAAAAAUUCUGCCUAGCAGAAAAAUCCACCGCAGGAAACAUUGAAAGCUCACACGCCUAAAGGAUUCUAUUGUCCUUGCGAAAUUUAUAGUCAAGGUGAGAUUUUUCAUUGCGACAAGGUGAAAAAAUUUAUAAGACUUCUUCUGCAUAUCUUUCGUGUCACGAGAAGUGCUAAUGUUGUUACGCAAAAAGUUCACUAAAUAUCCCAAUUAGGGAGCUAAAUUGAGUGUCACAAUGCUUGAUGUUGUUGAGCGGCAUAGAAGCAAACACUAAUAAUUGGAAGUUUAGAAGUAGAGUAACGCAUUUUUUUCUAUAAUUAUUUUACAGAAAUCUUUUUCUCGAGCUUUACCAAAAUUCUGUCUAUUUUUCUGAUGUUUGUCACUAUCACAAAUUUUUGGGUUGGGAUUUACUGAUUCUUUGGCCUUUUUUCACUAUUCAAUCACUAUAUUUCCUUUCCCAUUCGGAAGAAGAACAAAUCAUGACUGGAUUCAGUAAUUGUUCUAACUGACUUUACAGAUAGAACUAGCAACUGAAGCCAGACAUGAUGUGGAAAAUUCGUGUUAGUCGGUGUUCGACGAGAGAAAAUUUGCUUUUAUUCCCUAUAAUAAUAUUGUCUGUGGGAAUAAAGUACCAUUAAGACACACGAAUUGCAAGUGUUAGAGCUUGCAAUGCAACAAGAAUGCUAAAUAACAUCGCAUUAGGAAUAACUAUAUUUCAGAAUAUGAUAAUUAACUUAUUUUUGGAGUUUGCAGCAUCACAGCAAGUGCUUAAUGUUGAAAAUUAUUUACAAAAGAAUAUCUUCUACUGUUAUGAUGAAAAAUAUAUUUACACGUCGUGUUAAUGAGAAAAGAAAAUAUUGAUAAAAUUCACGUGUGGCAAGAUCCUCACCAUUUUAUAGUGAAUUCACAGCUCAAAUUACCAAUUACAAUUUUCCUUUUUUGGUGGAAAACUCUGUGAAAAACAUGUUGUAGAGAGGAGUACAAAAAAAACUUUAAUGCCACUGUCACUGUCCAUUUUUAUCAUGUCUCUUUUUCUACUCAGGUUUUUUUUAUAUCACUUUGAUGGAAAAACGAUGAAAUUUCACAGCAAUUGGAUGAAAGAAAAAUUUUUGUAUAAAUUCAUACAUUGGAAAAUGACAAUAAUUUUUCUUGAGGGAAACAUGUCUCAAUCCAGAAGAGAAGAAAAAUCAUGCGUCAUGUUUAUCCACAUAAACAGAAGAUUCUUGAUUAACUUUCACUUCACAAAUUUUUUUGUCUUUGGUUUGAUGCAUUACCAGAAAAGAAGUUGAAAAGAAAUUCAUGAAAAUGAGAGAAACAAAUAUUAUUUAUUGAAUUUUAAUGAUAACACAGCUGUGAUAUGAAAAGAUUUACUAUAUAUUUGAGGAGAAACAAAAAAGAGAAUUAGUUUAAAGCGUAUUUGUAUAUUAUGUAUGUGCAAGUUGAGGAAAAAGAACGGCGCUGAAGAAAUUUGAUGAGAAGAAACUGAAUCUAUUUAUAUUAUAUUUAAAAGCAAGAAAAAAUUCGUACAGCUUUAUUGUGAUGUACGUAAGAUAUAAUGGAAAUAUAUAUGAUACGUGUUUAACACAUAUUUAUAUACAUUUUCACCCGAAACUUUGAUAAUACCAGUGACUCUCCAAGGCGAAACGUCAGACGCGUUUCCUUUGCGCGAGAGAACGACAAAUCGAACCAUGGAAAAAUGUUCCACAUACAGAACAAAAAAAAUCAAUGAGGAUUAUAAUUAGCCAUAUCAGAAAAGUUGUAUUACUUUGGAGAGAAAAAGGAGAAUCACAUUUUAGUUUCACGUCAUUUUCUUCUCGUCCCCAAACUUUCUGGCUGACAAAAGUAUAAAUUCAAUGGAGUUUUAACACGCGUGUACCCAUUCUGCUGACUUAACAAUAUUAUAAUAGACCUUAGCAUAAAAAUGAAAUAUUAUAAGAUAUUAGAUAUGGAAGAAGGGGAAAAUCUGGAGAAUCACAGUGAAAAUUUUUAUUGAUAUAUACUUUUCAAUUCAAAAUUAAACUUUUUACCUUUUCCUUCAGUGUAACAUUCCAAUUAGAGUUGUUUAAAAAAUAUAAAUUUUACUCCUUCAUCAGAUCAUCCUUAAUUCAUAGGUACUGUUUUUUGUAUAACUACAUUGUUUAGUUGACAUGUAAAAGUGCUAGUCACUUUAUUUACAGCCAAGUAAGCUUUUAUUUGAUGAUUAAAGAAAAUCUUAAAAUUGUGAAUUUUUUUGAAAUAAAGAAUGCAAAACGAAUUGAACCAAUUAUCACACAAA